AUGGAUGAAAAUUUUCAAUUUGAUCAAGUAUCUAUUGUUGCUUCUUGUCUUGGAGGUUUUAUCAUAUUUUUCGGUCUCGUGUCAUUUUUUGUUAAAGAACGUUUGUAUUUAUCGGAAGCUCUUGUCUCCGUGAUAGUUGGAAUAAUACUCGGUCCUAAUGUUUUAAAUUUGCUUAAUCCAGCGAAUUGGGGUUCCAUAGAUGAAAUUUCUCAUGAUUUUUUACGCAUUGUUAUUGCUGUUCAAGUAAUGAUCUCUGGGGUUGCAUUACCAAGAGCAUACCCUAUCAAAGAGUGGAAAACAUUAAUUAUUUUAUAUUUCCCAGUAAUGUCAUACAUGUGGAUUGUCAGUGGUUUAUUGGUCCGGUGGUUUAUUCCAAGUAUACAUUUUCUUGAAGCUUUAGCGAUAGCAGCAUGUAUAACACCAACUGACCCUAUUUUGGCUAACUCGGUAGUCAAAGGUCGCUUUGCAGAAAAGCACGUGCCUCCUCAUGUGCGCAAUAUAUUGUCCGCCGAAAGUGCUUCAAAUGAUGGUCUUGCAUAUCCAUUGUUGUACAUUGCGAUUUAUCUUAUGGAAGAAUCUUCGGUUGGCGACGCGAUGAAAAAAUGGAUCUUAUAUUCUUGGUUGUACCAAGUUAUAUUAAGUUGUGCUAUUGGAAUAGUUGCUGGUUAUGCUGCAAGAAAGCUGUUAUAUUUUGCUGAAAGCCGCCGGCUGAUUGAUAAGGAAUCUUUUCUUGUAUUUGCCAUUGCAUUGGCUUUAUUUUUGACGGGAAUUGUGUCCAUUAUUGGUAGUAAUGAUUUACUUGCUUGCUUUACAGCUGGUACGUCCUUUACAUGGGAUGAUUGGUUUCGUAAAGAGACUGAAGAAGCUCAUUUGCAGGAAGUUAUCGAUAUGUUACUCAACCUUGCUGUUUAUGUGUAUGUUGGUGCUACGAUUCCCUGGUCGGAAUUCACUAAUGAUGAAGCUGGAAUUCAAGUUUGGAAAUUAAUUCUUUGUGCCAUAUUGAUUUUAAUAUUUCGUCGCCUUCCAAUUAUCUUAGCUUUAAUGAAAUUUAUGCCUGCGAUAAAAACAUAUCGUGAAGGGUGGUUCGGCCCUAUAGGUAUAGGCGCUAUAUAUUAUAUCACUGUCAUUAAGAAAGAAUUAAGUUCGGAUAUAACAAAUCCUUUAUACGUUGCUGUUGAACCUGUCGUUUAUUUUGUCGUGAUAAGCUCUAUAUUAGUCCAUGGUAUUACAAUUCCUUUGGUCAAGAUAUCAAAAAGAAUAAACACACGAACAUUGACAACAGGAACGUUAAAUAAUCAAGUAUCUCGAUUACCAUUAAUACGAAUUGGAACAGAUCUUAUUUUUCGCCCAAAAACGGAUAAAGAAAAAAAACCACAAUCACCUGAAGAAUCUGAAAAUAAUUCAACAACAACAACAGUUGAAUUUGAUUCACAAGCCGAAGCACAAAUAGGUGAAUCUUGUAUGACUUCAUCAACAAGAUAUGAAGAAAAUCGUAAAGAAGAAGAGGAGGGAGAAGAAUGGCAUCAUCAUCUUAAAAUUGAUAUACCACAAAAUUUACGGGAAAAAUUUAAACGAAGGCAUGUUACUGAUUUGGGUAAAUCAGGUACAUACAGUUCUAGGUAUGCAAUAUGGGAUGAAGGUGAUUCUUAUAUUAUUGAAAAUUAUGAUGGUGAAGAUAUACAUAUUAUACCAUCGACGCAUACCAACUCAACGCAAGAACAAAAUAAAAGUUAUUUCUUUAGAAGAGGUACAGGAUCAACCAAUGAAUCACCGCAAAAGUCUUCACCUAAUCAAGAACAUGCUGACGAAUCGAUUACAAAUGAAUUUAAUGAAUCUAUUGAAUCGAUUAAAUCUGAAAAAGAUCCCAAAAAUUAA